AUGGACUCAGGAAAGCAAAUCACGCUCCCGUUGUUGAUGAGCGUCGGAGCAGCUGUGAUUGGCUCCCUGCAGUUUGGCUACAACACCGGUGUCAUCAAUGCCCCACAAAAGAUCAUUGAGAUGUUCAUCAAUGAGACAUGGUUUCAGCGCUACAAUGAACCAAUCACCAAGAACUCCCUGACGGCCAUCUGGUCCAUCUCUGUCUCCAUUUUCUCUGUCGGUGGCAUCAUAGGAUCCUUCUCUGUCGGACUCUUUGUCAACAGCUUAGGACGGAAGAACUCCAUGCUCAUGGCUAACAUCCUGGCCUUCAUCGCCGCUGCUUUCAUGGGCUUCUCAAAGAUGGCGAGCUCCUGGGAAAUGCUGAUCAUCGGUCGGUUCGUGAUCGGCCUCUACUCCGGCCUCUCCACGGGCUUCGUGCCCAUGUACGUGGGUGAAAUUUCCCCGACGGCCCUGCGAGGAGCCCUGGGCACGCUGCACCAGCUGGGCAUCGUCCUCGGCAUCCUCAUCGCACAGGUGUUUGGAAUGGAGGCGUUAAUGGGAAACCACAGCUUGUGGCCGCUCCUCUUGGGCUUCACCUUCAUCCCAGCUGUGGUCCAGUGCGUCCUGCUGCCCCUCUGCCCCGAGAGCCCCCGCUUCCUGCUAAUCAACAGGAACGAAGAGAACAAGGCCAAGUCUGUGCUGAAGAAGCUCAGAGGCACCACCGAUGUUAGCGCUGACAUGCAGGAGAUGAAGGAGGAGAGCCGGCAGAUGAUGAGGGAGAAGAAGGUGACCAUCAAGGAGCUGGUUAUGUCGCCGCUCUACCGCCAGCCCCUCAUCGUCGCCGUCAUCCUGCAGCUGUCUCAGCAGCUGUCUGGCAUCAACGCUGUGUUCUACUACUCCACCCAAAUCUUUGAGAGAGCCGGGGUAGAGCAGCCUGUCUAUGCAACCAUUGGUGCCGGUGUCGUUAACACAGCGUUUACUGUGGUGUCGCUGUUUGUUGUGGAACGUGCAGGACGUAGGUCUCUGCACCUGCUGGGGCUGAUGGGAAUGGCUGUAUCUUCCGUCCUGAUGACCAUUGCCUUGGCUCUGCUGGACGAUUACAAGUGGAUGUCGUAUCUGAGCAUCGUGGCCAUCUUCGCCUUUGUGGCGUUCUUUGAGAUCGGACCGGGUCCCAUCCCCUGGUUCAUCGUGGCCGAGUUGUUCUCGCAAGGACCCAGGCCUGCAGCCAUCGCUAUCGCUGGUUUGUCCAACUGGACCGCCAACUUCAUAGUGGGAAUGGGCUUCCAGUAUGUACAGGAAAUUUGUGGCCCCUACGUGUUUGUCAUCUUCGCUGUGCUGCUGCUCUUGUUCUUCGUCUUCACCUACUUCAAAGUGCCGGAGACUAAGGGCCGGACGUUCGACGAGAUCACGGCCGGCUUCCGCCAGACGGCUGCCACGGGCGGAGAGAAGCACUCACCGGAGGAGCUCAACAGCCUGGGGGCUGAUUCUCAGCUCUGA